GUCAGUACACGCGUCUCGACGCCCGGGGAUGCGUCCGGUGCCGGAAUUAUAGCGGGACGCUCGUCGUACCGAUCUCGGUCGCCCGCCGACUCGUACGGGUGCCGAUAGUGUGCCGCGUCGUAAACCAAAACACAGGACACAGUAACACGUAUGACGCGCCGUGUGCAUUCGCGAGUAUAAUGCUACACAUUUCUCACGAGAAUGAGGGUGGCACGGCUAUUACUGUGCUACGUACUUCUCGAAGACUACAGUACCAAUCUCGGCGGGGCUGCAAUUACCAGCGACGCCGUGCGCCAGGACGCCUCUGCGACGAAUCCCACGCUGGCAGAUUUGCCGAGCUUCGUGAAGCCGAUCGGUAAUGUGACCGCGGCCAUCGGCAAGGAAGCCAUUCUACCGUGCACGAUCCGGAAUCCCGGGACCUACAAGGUGGGAUGGCUCCGUGUGGAGGAUAAGACGAUAUUGUCGAUGGGUCAGCAGAAGGUGAUCCACUCGCCCCGGUUCUCCGUCACGCUGGAGAACGCGAAGACGAAGAAUCAGAGCCAAUCGAGGGACGAGGAGGAGGCCACUUCGCAGCUGCACAUUCGCCAGCUUCAAGAAGCUGACCGAGGCUGCUACAUGUGCCAACUGAACACGAAGCCCAUGUUGAGCCAGCUGGGAUGCGUCGAUGUCCUAGUACCGCCGGAUAUACUGAACUCCGGGACGUCGGAGAGCGAGGUCUACGUUCAGGAAGGCGAGAACGCCACCCUCUCGUGCAAUGCUUCUGGAAGACCGCCACCUCGUGUGGUCUGGCGCCGCGAGAAAAAUGGUUCCAUACUUAUGAGGAGAGGUCCUCACGAUCCGCUGAUACUGGUGGACAACCAGUCUGGCGAGAAGCUGGAAUUAACCAGGGUAGACAGGAGGCAAAUGGGGGCUUAUCUUUGCAUAGCCAAAAACGAAGUGCCUCCGGCAGUCAGCAAGAGAGUCUAUCUGAAGGUUAAUUUCCCGCCCAGUGCGAAGGCGUCCAACGGGCUGUUGGGUUCCCAACUGGACAUGGACGUCUCCUUGAUCUGCGCGAUCGAGGCUUAUCCGAACACGAUUAACGUGUGGACAAGGAACAACACACUCAUCCCGAGCGGCGGCAGAUACGAGAUCUCCGAGCGGAAACACCCGGACGAGGAAUGGAAGAGGACGAUCGAGCUGAAGAUAAAGCGGUUGAAGAAAACGGAUUUGGGAGAGUACACGUGUUCUGCGUCCUCGAGCACGGGGACGGACGUGGCUACGAUUAGCGUGACCGAGGUCGAGCUGGCGACGCCGCCCACACCAGCGACCUCCGCCAAUUGGAAGAAGCCGAGCAAGUCGAAGUCGAAGUUUCUUCAGGCGACAACGAUCAACCGGGUCUUCCACCAAAUGAGCACGCCCGCGAUGCAGAAGAGCACCGCGAGGAUAGUCUACAGCAAGCACCAGAGCACGACGACGACGCCGGACCCCCGGGCCCCGUUCAUCAAGGACGAGACGGUGUUCAAGAGCCGGGAGAAACCGAACGCGACCGCGAAGAGCCGCGCGAUCCUCGCGAGAGGAUCGCCGAUCGACGUUCCGUUCUACGCGAUCUACGCGAUCUGUACCGUACUCUACCCGAGCGUCCGAUAAGAACCGGCAUCGCAAUGUGCAACGAAACGAAACGAUACGGAACGAAAGAAACGACACGCCACCCUUCCGAGCCCCGGCCCCGCGACCGGUUUCGGGGAUCUCGCAUUCGGGGCGAGUCGAAUCGAGUCUAGUCGAGUCGAAUCGUAUUUCAGAUUCGAACGCGAGGAACACCGCGCAACACCGUCUUCCGUCGGCGCGUUUCCCGAACAAACGAUCGGAAGGAGGAAUCGCAAACUCGGAAGUUUUAAUUGAACUCACCGAGGGCAAGUUUCUUAUUGCGUUCCGAGGACGAGGACGAGGACGAGGACGUAAACGACGAAGACGAAAACGGACAAGAAGACGAAGACGAUGACAAAGCGCGCGAGCUCCCUCGUCGGCGACGAUACACCGAGUAUAAUCGAUCUCUCGUCACGGACCAGCGCCGUCGCGAAAUACUGUUGCAAAUUUUAAGAGAUAAACGCUUACGAAGGUAUUUUUUAUGAGCCUUUUAUCCGUUUCUGAACGCGGAGGAGAGAAGAGACAGGCGGAAGGGGGAGGGGAGUAGUUCGUGAGCGAAAAGAAGAAAAAACAGAAGAAAAACAGCGUGUUCUUCGGUUGGACUGAAUGUUGCAACGUUGCCGAAUAUUUUUUUAACGACGAACGAGUGGAGAGUGGGAGGCCGGGAUAUAUUCAAUUGAAAACUCUGAUUUCUCGUCUGUGGGGUUACUAGAUGUUACGAUGUGAUUUUUAUAAUGUUAGCGUCGAAAGCCUUACCACAUGCAGGGUGUCUAUCUCAAGUGGGCCACCAGUGUCAUUCACAAAAGGGAAAAGUCGUUCGGAAACGUAGGGACAUGGUAACAUGGAAACAUGGGACACCGACAAAUUCACCGGAAACCACGAACAUUAACGUUAACGGAAAUCGAGGACAACCAAACGAUAAAAGCAGAACGGGACACCGUGAACCGAUUACUCGCUCGUUUUCAAAUUAUUUCAGCAAUGGCAGUGGCGAUCCAGUUCAAAUGAACAUCCGUUAAUAUAUAUAUAUAUGUAUGUAUACCGUUGCGCCGUUACGCUAUUACGUCGUUACGUCGUUACGCCGUUACGUGAUAAUUAUUCUCAACGAUUAAUUAAGUAUUCUACCGUUUCCCGUAAGAUUCGCGCGGUGCCGCGAAUCGAUCCACCUCGAGGGGGAUGACUCGUCGAAUCGGUCCACGAAUUUAGACAUUUUCAAUUUCCAACGAAUCCAAUUCCAGUUCCAUGAUCAAGCCUACUGUCUAUACAUUCGAUUUCCGUCGAUUCGCUGCAACAAUAUUUCAUUCGAACUUAACACAGCUUUAUUAUUAUAGUCUCGCGCAUUUCUCGUAUUUUCCGAGAGAUAACGAAGCAUCUUUCGGAGCUGGCUUAUCGUUAGCCGAUAAAUAGACGAAUGCAACGACAAUACACGCAAUACAUGGAUAUCGAUCGCUUGAGUUUACAUCCCGAGUCACGUCAAAAUAUUAACAGAAUUCCUGCUAGACGAGUCGCCCCCCUCGAGCAACUAUUCGAUUACACUCGAACGCAGACAAAUAAUUAGCAUACUAAUUUGUACGUAAGGGAUAAUAAGAUAUGUUUGUUCAACGGAACGACGAAGCAAGGGAACCGAGAUCGAGAUCGUGAUCGAGAUUGUAAUCGUAAUCGUAAUCGUAAUCGGGAUCAGGUUCAAAGAUUAUCGGGAUCGUAAAUGGCAACAGGAUGAAUGUAAACGAAUCAUAUCUAAGUCAGAUUCAUAUCCGUAGGGCAUAUAGGAUCGUACUCUAUAUUUUAGGAAGAUACUAGACCCUACUUUUAUUAUUUUCUUGUAUUUUUUUAAUUACCCGUAGAGCGAAUAACGUACCUCAUAUGCCAAUAAUUCAAACGAGACCACGAUUUAAACGUAAUCGACGUGGUUGACUGCGAGGAAUCCGCCAAACAUUCGAGCAGUUCGAUUAAGUAACGAUAAGUCUGUUGAGUGAACGAGGUUUACUUGUUGUACUUGUUUGUUUCUCUCUGUAUUUGUUCGCUAGUCGAAAAUCCUAAGGACACGUGGAUUUCAAUACGCGUAUUUAUUUGCGACACACGAGAACGAACGCAACGAUACACCAUGUACACGUACACCCGACUAUAGUUUGCUUUUAAAAGGGAUCGACAAUAAGUGUUCCUGAACAGAUUGCGAUUUCUAAUAAGUUCUCCUUUUAAAUGUUCCUCGCAAAACACCGCAAACCAUAUCUCGCUCUGUAAUUUCGGAUCGGUGUGCGAAAUGGUGCUGGUAGAGAAGCUUCGCGAUUCUAAUCGCUGCGGAUCAGAUUUUUAAACGGAGGAAACCCGAAGCUUUCUACCGAUAAUAUGCGAUUCUCAUGAAUGUCUUCUAUUACAGAGAAGUAUAGGUUUUAGUCGCAGUGCGUGGUAUAUUGUCUUCGAAAUAGUAGCAUAUCCGCGAGGUAAACGAACGAAUCGCAUAUGUUGAAUAUACCUAUUUAACAGAUACUGUAUAUCAUGAAACACUGCUCAAUAUAACGACUCUACAAUAACUAUAUUAAUUACAAGAAUGUUGUUGUUUAUAGAAGAAAAAUAUAUUACGGAAAUACGAAGAGAAAAUGUGCUCAAAUUGGAUAAUUAUAUAGCUUUGGAGAAAAGGACGUGUUGACAAAUAAAAUGUACCAUGCAACCAGCACAGAUACCAGUCCCUGUUUACCUUCUUUUACACGUUAACGCAUUUCCUAUGGCGGUCCUCUGAUAAGAGACCCGUUUUGCUCGCAGAAAACGAUGUUUUACUUUCAUCUUAUCGGCAGCAGAUAUGUUAAGCUUACUUUUCACAAUUUACAACUUAAAUUUACUUUUAUAAAACACGGCUAGAUCGUAUCAGCUUUUUUAUUAUCGUUAAAACCCAUUGUUAUUACAACCGAUGUAAUCGAAACACAGACUCACUUUUCACACGUCCAUACAGCAGUCGGACUUCUCACGACCAAAAGAGAAUGCUGAAUGCCAUUGCAACGCAACAAACAGCCACGUAUGGACUUUUCCUUUCACCGAUCCUAGCACACUUCCAGAAUGUACCCUGUAUACUGGUAAAUAAAUAUUAUUCGUACCUUAA